AUACGGUACGCAGCCGAUCAGAAGUACCUUGCGCAAGGAUGUGAAGAAUUUUGGCGAAAGCAUAACGACCCGAACGGAACGCGGAUCAUAAGACGACAGAAUUUUCUUUUUAACAACGGUAUCAAACAAUCUGGGAUCAUGUGUAAUAUGACAAGUUGCUGUUUUGUGUUCCCUUUAAAGGUCGGCGUACAAAUAUGCUGCUUCCUUUCAAUUCUCAAUCUGGCGUGGCUAACUCUCGGCUUGGUGUACGCAUUCGGCAAAUUAGCCAGUUUCGUCAUCGAAUACGUUAUUGCAAAGUUAUUCAACAUGUUUUCAUGGCAUGACGUCCCACAUUUUGUUUUCAAGUUCCUAAUUCUAAUGGUCUACUACAGUUUCUGGAAGGAAAUAAAAAACGUAGAAGGAGACUACGGGCUCGAGUUAAAUUUCGAACCGUCCUAUGAGGAAUCGCAAUGAUUUUAAAAACAUUCCAGUUGGACGUGGAGGGAUAUAACCAAAAAACAAAAUCGCCAAAAAAUCGAAAACAUUCUCACGAUCGUUAUUGGAAAUCGUCCACCUAAUGCACACCUUUCGGUGCAAAUGAAUGACUGCCAUUUGUACCAGUCGCCCGAUGCCUUCAGCCCUUUUAAUCGAGCGUUAAAUCGUUUCCGCCACUCGGUUUUUAAUUUGGAAAUAGAUACUGAUGAAUUUUUAAUAACUCUGCUACCUGCUGCAGUGAUUUAUCGUAUUUGCUCUCCUCUAAGUAGCACCCCCUCAAUUCGGGGGAUAACAAUAACAACAAGAAACUUGGCAGAUGAAAUAAUUCAAGUAACAACAUCAGCCCUUUUGAUUUACAGUAUUAUUAUAUAUCUCAACAAUAAAUAAAUGUUUUACAAAAUACAAAAACGAAUAAUUAAUCGUAUAAGUUUUAUUUU